AUGACUUUUGUUCACUUAAUUCAUCAUUUAACAAUAUACUCCUUAAACAGUUACAAUAACUAUAACAAACCGAUAUUUUACGUUGAAAAAAUUGGAAAUGUAACUGUCAUCGCAGGCAACACGGCUAAACUUCAUUGCGCAAUCAAACUAGUUAAAAAACAAACUCUUCACAAGUAUCUGUUCGACCAAAUUAGGGUUGCAUGGUUAAAAUUAGAAAGUCAAACCAUUAUAUCUUUUCAACAAAACUUGAUCGUCAGAAAUUCGAGAAUGAAUAUCACAGCCAACGAUUUGGGUAACGUAUGGACUCUAAUUAUAAGGUCUGUGACACCCAAAGAUGAUGGAUUUUAUAUGUGCCAAAUCAAUUCCGAUCCUCCUUCUAAGUCGGCUGGGUAUUUGGAAAUUUUGACCCAUCCAAAAAUUAUUGAUAGACUCACUUCUAACGAAACCAUAGUAUCUGAAUAUUCAAACAUAUUAUUGAGAUGCGAAGCUACGGGAAACCCGCCACCAAAUAUUAGCUGGGCUAAGUUUCAUAACUUAUAUCAGUUUACUCACAAACAAAAGUUCAUCGAUAGCACCAUAAGUCAUAAAAAAAAUGCCAUAUUUAAUAGCGCUAACAGUAACAUGCUUAUUCUGAACAAUAUCACAAGAUUUCAAGCUGGAAUAUAUGUAUGUUUAGCCGAUAACGGAAUUCCACCAGCAGUUAGCAGACAAAUAAGUGUUAACGUUAAUUGUAAAUAA